GCCUGUAUUGAGGUGAUCCGCGCUGACCCAGCCACAUAUGAACAGCUGCCAUCUAGCCAGAAAGACGUUUUGUCCUACUCCGAAUGGCGAACCAACUUUUUUGAUGAGCACACCUACUGUCCCCGCCCUGACACUCCUGUUUUCGAGGGUUGCUCUCUCCCCACCACUGCUCCAGCCACUACCGUUACUUACCCUCCGCCAUCACAGGUACUGGAGGCUAGCCCCAUUGUUCGCAGCCACCUCCUCCGACUUGUUGAUCCUGAUGGCGGUGGCAAUUUGGGUGAAGCUGACUUUUGGUCGCGCUACUAUUACCGUGUUUGGUGUUUUGAUGUUCUCGACCUGAAGCGAACUCGUCUGGCGCAAAUCAACGCAGCUUCUGUUGCAGCGGUGACAUCGGAGGAGGUAGAUGAAGUUGAGGCAUGGCCUGAUUUAGAGGUUGAAGAAGAGAUUGAGGAAACGGGGGACGUGGCGAUUGUGACAUCAGAAACGGAGAAGUCACCCGAAAGAAUCGAACUGUCCGACACUAUGGCGAAUCCUUUAGUUGAAGCUCAGUUACCGAAGAAUUCUAGUACGGAGUUCUCUAGUCCCGCUAGCAGUGUUGUUAUGGUGACGAAGGAGGAAGUAUUGGAAGAGGGUGAUGACGAUGAGGAGGAAGAGACGACGCAAAAGUCGCCUCCAGUGUCUUCAGGAGGUGAUGAAUACAUAGAACAGGAGGAGGAAAAUGGGAUUCAACUCUCGGUUGAAUACCUUCAAGAGGAGGCGGCAAAACUGCGGGUAGAAUUGGGAAGUGAGGUGGAUGACACAUCAGAGACGGGUAGUGACUGGGAGAAGUGGGCUUAG